AUGGACUUGCUUUCCUUCCUUCAGAUGUGGUUCAUCACAUUUGGCGCGACAUUUCGGUGCUGUCAUGCGAAUAAUCUGGAAGUUAUACACCAAUUUUGGAAGCAACUGUACAGCCAGCUGCCAGAUCCGGCUCUUCCAAACCGGCUUUCAAAUGGGCAGCAAGUGGGAGUGAAAAUUUCAGUUGCAAUCGAUAGUGCGGAAUUCGGACACACUUAUGAUGACUAUGUGUGCCGAGCGACCGUGCGCCUCGUGGCCAGUUGGCCGAUAAUGGACACCAAGAUCUCCGACAGCACCUUGGUCCGCAUGGCAGGAGGUUCGGUAUUGUUGGACGCCGAGCGGGUCUGGAGGCCGCGGGUGAUGGUAUCUGGAGCUCGUCACAUAAGUCUCUUCUCUCGUCGCCUCGAGUUGCAGUCCUUCGUCAAGUCUAGUCCUCCUCACCGUGUUCUUUUGCAGAAUCCAGACCCGGAGUACGCCGCGAGCAGCGAGGCAGCUGCUACUCAAAGCACCUCCAGUAGGCGACCAAUCUACGUCAUGUCCGAAAUAUUCAACGUAGAGGUUCUCUGCUCAACGCCGAACAUAAAGAACUAUCUUGGGGCGAUCCAUUGCCCAAUAAUCUUCCACCAAGAAACAUUUCAUCGCGAGAACUCUGAUUACGUUUGGCAGGACAGAACAACUUGCACAUUGUCACCAAAAGCGGCUGAAAAGAUAGCCUAUGUAACGGUGUCAACUGUGGAAUCUGACAAGUCGGUCUCUGGAGGGCCCCAGUCAAGUCUAGCAAUAAAUCUAUGUUUCAAUCCAACCACUCUGGUCCUUCGCGCCGCAUUUCCGGCGCUUAUGUUCACUCUCCUCUCCUUCAUCUUGCUCUGGUCCCUACCCUGCAAUCCACAGCUAAUUUCCAUUGCGCAGGGCGGUCUAAAUCUGCUCUGCCUAGCAACCUGGACCCACUUUGCAGGGGUCGUUCCGACUCGUUUCACUCUUGUCGAUGCUUGGUUCAUCCUCUGCUUCGUUUUCAUCAGUGUUGCCUUCUUCAUCACGCUCUACGAGCAUCGUCGGCUAGAUAGGCUAGCGAAGACACGGCAGAUUCAGCAGCAGAGACGCAUCUACUCGGCACUGAGCACGGCGGCGUUCUCUGUGUCCAAAAUGGCCCCCUGUGGGGCGGCUGGGGGCGGCGGCGGCAGCGGGGGCUCUACAUGUGGAUGUGGCGGCUGCAGCUGCGCUGGGGGAUUCUGCGGUGCCGGUGGAGGCUUCAUCGGUCUCGGCAACGGACAGGCUAAUCCCAUGAGUAGUGGGGGCUCGCCUCCUCCUAUCGGAUUGAUGCACCAACCUUCACCUGUCACUAUGCCGACUAAAUUGGAUAUCUGCAACGAGGCGUAUUUUCGGUCCGCAAGUUCCGAACUUAGCAAGGAUUCGUCGGCUAUAGUGAGCCUAGGGACAGCCUUGCGACUGCGCUGUGCCAAGAACGGAGGUCUCAGUGUUUUCGAGCCCACCGACUCUAACCUCGGACUAAUGAAGAGUCAGUAUGUUUCGAGCUCGACUCCUGGUGCACCGACCGCACUGAGUGGGAGUUUGUUGCAGCCACUGGGGCCCAUACUGCCAAGCUAUUGCACCACGGUGAUCGCCGUCGCACUGCCUAUCAUGUAUAUACUCGCCGUCAUCAUAUUCUGGGGAUUUUUUGGAGCCCAAGGAACCGUGCCUAAGGACUGUCUAGUAGGCAGCAUAACCUGCCAGACAGUGGACAGUGACUAA